AUAGCCCGCAAGCGCGAGAACUGGAUAAGCCCAUCGGAUCGGCGGAGGCGGAGAGGCCACUGCCUGGUCGGCGACUACGAGGGAACUGACUACUGCUUGGCCAUGGAGGGGCGGCAGCUCGAACUCCUCCUCGCCCAGCCCCACCACCCUCGCCUCCCCGGUCUCAUCCCCAACUACCCUACCAACCACCACCUGCCCGCCUCCCGCCUCCGACUCCGCGUCCACCGUCGCAGGCCGAAGCGGCUCGCCGCAGCCCCCUCGCGGCGCUCACCCGGCAGCCAGACUGACGCGCCCGGCCGCGGCGGCUGGCAGUUGGCGCUGAACGCCGCGGUGGCACUGGUGCUCCAGCUGGCCGUGUGUCCGUUCCUCUUCCCCUCCCUCGCCCGAGCCAACGCCCUCCCGCCCCCUCCAGCCGCUGCCGUCGAGGAGGCGGCGGAGGAAGAGGACAAGGAGUGGGAGGCCGCGCUGCAGAAGUGGAAGACCAAGACCUACGCGCUCUCCGUGCCCCUCCGCGUCGUCGCGCUCCGCGGCUCCUUCCCUCCCUCGUGGAUCAAGGAUUUUGUUGAAGCUCAGGGGAAGAGGCUCAAAUUCAGCCCUGAGCUCCGCCCUAGUCUUGAUGGGCUCUUCACUGAGAUGUCACAAUGUUUGGACAAGGGUCAAGUUAAGCAGAAGUCCGCAAUGGCAGCUGAUGUUGUUUCGAUUGGGGACUCUUGGCUCGGCUAUGCCAUCCGUAGGGGAUUGGUAGAGCCUGUCCAGAAUGCUGAAGAACAGGAUUGGUUUCAUAGCCUGAGUGACAGAUGGAAGGUUCAUUUGUGCAGGAACCAGAACGGAGAGGCAGAUCCUAAUGGCCCAGUUUGGGGGGUUCCAUACAGAUGGGGCACCGUGGUCAUUGCUUACAAGAAAAAUAAGUUCAAAAGGCAUAACCUGAAGCCAAUACAGGAUUGGGAGGAUUUGUGGAGGCCUGAACUUGCUGGGAAGAUUUCAAUGGUUGAUUCUCCUAGAGAGGUCAUUGGUGCAGUCCUGAAGCGUCUGGGAUCAUCAUACAACACGAUGGACAUGGAAGCAGAAGUCUGUGGCGGCAAGGAAGCAGUGUUAAAAAGCUUUAUACGACUACAAAAGCAGGUCCAGCUAUUUGACAGCAUGAACUAUCUGAAGUCAUUUGCUGUUGGAGAUGUAUGGGUUGCUGUGGGUUGGAGCAGCGAUGUCAUCCCUGCUGCAAAACGAAUGUCUAAUGUUGCGGUGGUUGUUCCUAAGUCAGGCAGUAGCCUAUGGGCUGAUCUAUGGGCAAUACCAUGCGCCACAAGAUUUCAGACUGACCGAAUUGGUGGCAGAACAAGAGGCCCAUCUCCACUUGUCCACCAGUGGUUCGACUUCUGCCUGCAGAGCGCUAGAAGCCUACCCUUUCGCCAAGAUGUCAUCCCAGGAUCAUCGCCUAUGUUCCUCGAGAACCCUGUGCCGGAGGUCCCUCAAGAUCUAAACGAAAGGAAGCCGAAGCUGGACACGAACCUUGUCAGGGGAGUACCACCGUCUGAGAUCCUGGAGAAAUGCGAGUUCUUAGAACCUCUGUCAGGUAAGGCGCUGGAAGAUUACCAGUGGCUGAUAUCGAGGAUGCAGAGACCACGGCUUGGUCUGUUUGGAAACGCAUUGCAAAAGAUAUCAGCUGUACUAGACUUGAAAUCAAGAUUUUAGAGCCCUUCUACUGUACUUGGCCAAGUUUUUGUGCGGUAGUGUUGCUUGUCGUCUUCAUGUGUUUGAUAAGUAAGACGGCUUGGGAUCUCAUAAUUUUGUGUUGGCUCGUCAGUAGUGGUGGGUGGAGAGGCAGAAAUGGCCUAGCUGCUGGAAAUUCUAUAGGACUGGGUGCUUCGAAAGGUUAUCUCUCUCAGCACGAUAGUGACCUUUUUCUCUCUUUUAUACGCAUCAGCUGUUGAAUCAGGAAAAUGACAAUAUGAAUCAGGAAAAUGACAAUAUGAAUUAGUAUUUUGUGA